CGAUUCCUUCUCCUAUAAUCACUCUCCAUGGCCAAGGUCCAUCCCAACACGACGGCCGCCGCUUCGGCCGACGGGCCACCGAAGACCUCCGUCGUCCGGAAGGAGGACGGCGGCGAAGUGUCGUUGACUGUGUGGCGGAAGUCGUUGCUGUUCGGUUGCAGCGGGUUCACCGUCUUCGACUCGAAGGGCAAUUUGGUCUUUCGAGUCGACGUCUAUGGCUCCGCCGUCGGUGCGCUCGUCCUCAUGGACAGUUGCGGCAACCCGUUGCUCACUCUCCGACGAAGGAAGAUGAGCCUUGGGGGGACGUGGCUGAUAUUUAACGGCGAGGACGCCGUCGACCCGGUUUACUCCGUCGAGCGGCAGGUGAGCCUCCGCCACGGCGGGGCGCUAGCGCACGUGAAGCCCCGCCGCCUGCAGGGCGGCCGAGGGUACGAGAUCAAAGGGUCGUACGCGCGGCGGAGCUGCCGCGUCUACGACGAGCGGCGGCGGGCGGUUGCGGAGGUCCGGCGGAAGGAGCCCGCCGGCGGCGCCGCCUUCGGCGGGGACGUGUUUCGCCUAGUGGUCGAGUCGGAUUUUGACGCGUGUCUCGCGAUGGCCCUCGUGAUCGUGCUCGAUCAGAUGUUUGGGUGAUGAUCGACGGCUGAGAUCCGGAGAAGCCUUUUUGGUUGUCCAUGGUUUUGUGUUCUUUUAGUAUCGAAUCAUGGUUAAUAAAAGGCUUGAAAAAAAAAAAUUUCAAAAUUGCGUGUACAUAUAAAUAUUUUCACAUUUAAAAUAAUUAUGUCUAGGGCGGUAAAUAAAUCAAGUGUUCAUGAAUA